CCUGUCAAAAACACUGUCAAUGGUCGCCCUGAAUCGACGUUGCUGGGGGAGUUAUUGAAUAAUUUCUCACCAAGUACCUCCACCCUCCUCCUCCCAUCAUGGACCUGUAUGAGGUCUUCACAGGAAGCAGGCUGGAUGUCAUCACUGAGGAGGUGCUGAGUGGAGAUGAGGAGCGUGGGGAGGAGCACCAGGAGGAGUUGAAGGAGGAGGAGGUGAACAGGGAUCUCCCUACCAAAGAGGCCUUCGUAGUGGUGUCAGAGAGAACAGAGACUAGAGAGUUGUCCUCUACCUUCCAGCGUUUCUCCACGGAUACCAACGACUCUCUAAGGUUCGAGGCGUAUGUCCCGUCUUCAGAUGAGGAGGGAACCCCAUCACCUGACAGCUCUGUGGACGGACACGAUGACGUGUUUGAGGAGCACAAGGAGUCGGAGGACAAGGUGAAUAACAUCAGGACUAAGCUGGAGGAGAAGGUGGUGGAGAUGGAGAACUUUGCAGGACAUCUAGAAGAGAUCUUCCUCACUGUGGAGGAGAAUUUUGGUCGUCAGGAGCAACACCUGGAGCAGCACUGCAACGAUGUUCUCCAGACGUUGUCCCAUCGUUACGACGAGCGAAAGCGCUGCGCUGGGGAGGAGAAGAAGAGGAAGUUGGAGGCCUUGUACACUCAGCUGCUGGGCUGCGGACGCACUCUGGACGCAUCCAAGGACCUGAUUGAGACCGCCCAGGAACUGUACCGCACCGAGGACAAACGACUCUUUCUACAGGUGUGUUGUACCCCCUCUGCCCCGGUCAUCAACCCCCAGGUGUCUAACUCGGCCACGCGGACGUCUCUGCGUGUGUGCUGGAGCCUGUUCUCAGACGACUCUGUGGAAUACUACGAGCUCUACUACAGACCUGUCCUGGAGGACACGCCGGCUGUAGACAGCACCAAGGGGCCUGACGUGUCUAAUGUGAAGGUAAAGGAAACCCACUGUAGUGUAGGAGAGCUGCUGCCUAACGUGCAGUAUGAGUUCUGGGUCACAGCUACCAAUACGACAGGCAUCAGCCCUGCCAGUGAGAAGGCUGUCUACGUGACAGUCCCAUCUCCACCAGUCAUCAGACAGAGGGAGUGUAGCAGUUGUCCGGAAGCCGCUCUGAUUCGCUGGGAGUCAGGAAACACCAACCCAGUCGACUCCUACACCGUAGAGCUGAUUGAGACAGGCACUGAUGGACAGAGUGGGGUCACUGAGUCCAUCGUGGCUGUUCCUACCUGUGAGAGUCUGAUCCAGCUGGAGUCAGGAAGACAGUACCUCAUCUACGUCAGAGCUGUCAACAUCGGAGGACCCAGUGACAGGAGCCAGGCUUUUACUGUCUCUACUACAGGAACCAUCUUCCACCUGCUGCAGGACACAGCCCAUCCCUGCCUGUCCAUCUCUGAGGACGGCUUCUCCAUGUUCUACGGAGAUGAGGAGCUCCCGCUCUCUGCCAUGACCUUCGACGACAACACCUUCGCCAGGUGUGUAGCUGUGUUAGGGGACCUGAUCCCUGUGAGAGGCAGACAUUACUGGGAGGUGGAACUGGACGAGGACACAGAGUACAGGAUUGGAGUUGCCUAUGAAGAUACGCAGAGAAACUCCUACCUGGGAGGAACAAAUACAUCCUGGUGCAUGAGACAUGUCCUCACCCCAUCCAGACACAAGUACGAGUUCCUCCACAGUGGCUGGAGCCCAGACAUCCGGAUAACGGUGAACCCUGUGAGGAUAGGGCUCAGUCUGAACUAUGAGAGAGGGAUCCUGUCCUUCUUCAAUGUAGAGCUGGAACAACACCUCUACACCUUCUACUGUAGCUUCCAACGCUACGUUCAUCCCUGCUUCGCUCUGGACAACCCCGGUGCGCUCACUGUUCGCACUGGGCUAGAGGCACCGGGGUACGUCCACUUGGUCUGAGUUUACCUACCAUGAUGUACAUUAAACAGAGUACAGGUGUGUCCAUGGUAACGUCUUUACCUACCAUGAUGUACAUUAAACAGAGUACAGGUGUGUCCAUGGUAACGUCUUUACCUACCAUGAUGUACAGGUGUGUCCAUGGAAACAUCUACCUACCAUGAUGUACAGGUGUGUCCAUGGUAACGUGUCUGUUGUCUGUUAUUCUAACCCUCUGGACAACACUGCAUGGUAGAGCAUAAUUAUACUACAAAAACAUGUUUAUGACCCCUUUGUGUAAGUGGGUUAACAACCAUAUCUGAAUAAAAACCAUGUAUAUCAGUGGUUUAGACCGGGGUUUGAUUGACUAGCACAACACUGUUCCAGAGUAACAUGACGAAACCCUGGACUGGACUACCACAACACUGUUACAGACUAACAUGAUGAAACCCUGGACUGGACUACCACAACACUGUUACAGACUAACAUGAUGAAACCCUGGACUGGACUAC